UUCUAAAAAGAAAAAAAAUUCAUGGUGAACCAGGGCUUCAAGAUAAAGCCUAGUUUCUCCUGGGCGCUGAAUUGGCUAUUCCGGACCGGAAACCGACCGUGUCAGGCCUACAAUUAGGCCAUAUUAUAUAAAGAAGAGCUCCUUUCAGUAAACAAAACCAUGGCUGCAAUUACUUCUUUCACUCUUCUCCGGAAUUACGCAAUUAGUACAAGGGCAUUCUCAAAUUUGCAAUCUUCCCCAAGAGCCAUCUCUUAUCUCAAUACCAAAUUCCUUCCUUCUAUUCAGUCCCGCAGAUCUUUGUUUCGCACUAGUUCGAUUAGUGAUGAAGAGGCAUCUGCCAAAGAAGCUGCAGCCAGUGCUGAGAGUGGAGCUCCAACCAUUUUUGACAAGAUCAUAGCAAAGGAAAUACCUUCAUCCAUUGUAUAUGAGGAUGAGAAAGUCCUUGCUUUUCGGGAUAUUAAUCCUCAGGCUCCUGUUCAUGUUUUAGUCAUUCCAAAGUUCAGAGAUGGAUUGACACAACUUGGGAGGGCUGAAGAAAGGCACGGAGAGAUACUAGGUCAACUUCUCUAUGCUGCCAAAAUAGUGGCUGAAAAAGAAGGCAUCCUUGACGGGUUUCGUGUUGUUAUCAACAAUGGUCCCAGUGCUUGUCAAUCUGUUUAUCAUCUGCACUUGCACGUUCUGGGCGGCAGACAAAUGAAAUGGCCACCUGGUUAAAGAUUUUGGAACAAACUCAUUGAGGCCUGGCUAUAUAAUACACCUUCCCUCUCUAUUUUUUCUUUAAGCUGCUUUCAUCGAUGUUGUGAACUGACCAUGGUGUAGGCGUUUGUUUCUUAAAUUUGGAAUGCAUCUUUUGAACACUAUGAUAAAGAGAUGCCAAUUGCUUGACGUUCUCUA